AUGCCAGGGUCGUUGCAGUUGCUUGAGAUGCUAUCCGAGGAGUUUGGUGGUCGAGUUGAGCUGGCUAAAGCUUAUUUCAAGGCACUGACUGAUUCCACGAAGAAGCAUUUCAAUGGCAAUGGAGUAAUUGCCAGCAUGCAGCAUUGCAAUGACUUCAUGUACCUUGGAACAGAAGAGAUAUCACUUGGACGUGUUGACCACGGGGGGGCAGCAGAUGGGACGUAUUGGCUGCAAGGGUGUCACGCAGUGCAUUGCCUACAACAGCCUGUUGAUGGGCAACAUCAUACACCCAGAUUGGGACAUGUUUCAAUCAAACACACCCAUGUGCGGAAUUCCACGAGCGCUAUAUCCGGAGGCCUAAUCUACAUCAGUGACUCUGUUAGGAAGCACAACUUCAAGCUUCUUAAGAGCCUUGUGUUGCCAGAUGGCUCUGUAUUGCGAUGCCAGCACUAUGCUCUUCCUACUAGGGAUUGCCUCUUUGAAGACCCUGUGCAUCAUGGGAAAACCAUGCUCAAAAUUUGGAACCUAAACAAAUACACUGGAGCAUUGGGAUUGUUUAAUUGUCAAGGAGGAGGAUGGUGCCCCAAAUCCAGGCUCAACAAAAGUGCCCCUGAGUGCUCAAAGCCUUUGACCUGCUUGUCUGGCCCAAAAGAUGUAGAGUGGAACAAUGGGAAGACCCCAAUUUCAAUAAAAGGAAUGAACAUAUUUGCUGUGUACAUGCACCAGCAAAAGAAGCUGAAGCUCUUGAAGCUUUCAGAGAAGGUAGAGAUUUCGCUUCAGCCUUUCGGUUUUGAGCUCCUCACUGUUUCUCCAGUAAGGGUUUUGCCAAAGAAGUUGAUCCAAUUUGCUCCAAUUGGGUUGGUGAACGUGCUCAACACUGGUGGUGCAAUUCAGUCGCUGGAAUUUGAGGAUGAAGAAAACUCCUCAAAUUUGGUGAGAAUUGGAAUGAAGGGUUGUGGGGAAAUGAGAGUGUUUGCUUCUGAAAAGCCAAGUGCUCGUAAGAUUGAUGGAGAGGAGGUGAAGUUUGAUUUUGUUGAUAAGAUGGUCAGUCCAAGUGCCGUGGCCUAA